UAUGAUUACCAGGGAUUUGUGUACGGAUGUAUCCCGUUAUGUCUACAGAACAAUAAAGCAGACGCGACCGAUGACACAUGACACCGGAUCAGAGGUUUUCAUUUUAUUUGCAAACAUUUAGAUAAUAAGUAUAGCACGGAAACUGAGAGACACAAGAUUAAUAAAUAAUUUAAAAUAAAGGACUACACUACAGGAAGACGCGCGCACUGUUGAAAGUUUCAUCGAUCUGCGCGCGCUCGCCGCGUGAUGCUGAGUUGAGUUCGCGGGGUGUCGCGGAGCGGCUCGAAUAUACUCCGUAACGGUUUCUCAGUGGAUAUACUUUAAUUUUCCGUCGUGAAUGGAGUUCAUUCCGGAGCUGUAGUCUGAAAUGUGAGCCCGUUACCGGAUCCCGAGGCUGUGUAAAGCGCAAUGACAGCUCGGUUCGUGCUCGAGGAGGGGUCAACGGUCUCAUUUCUGAGGUCAUUACAGUGCUGAAUUUACAGAGCAGCCCACAGAUGCAUUAAAAAACAAACUCCAUCUAUAAGACCAGAAGGCUUGGAGACGAAGCACUCCUGUUCAUGGAGGGCCGCUGGACCCUGCUGCUGUUUCUGGGGGCGUACCUGGUCCUCCUGGCUGCUGAGGUACGCUUGAUUACAGGCCAAGGCAUCUACACCAACACGUGGGCCGUCCACAUUGAAGGGGGAGCCGAGGAGGCUGAGAGGAUUGCACAAAAACAUGGUUUCAUCAGUCACGGGCAGGUUUUUAGGGACUAUUAUCAUUUCCAGCACAGGGGUGUGGUGAGGAGAUCUUUGUCCGGCCAUCGCGGGGUUCAUGUCCGACUGCACGCCGAGCCGCAGGUGAUUUGGGCAGAGCAGCAGAUUUCCAAGCGAAGAUGCAAGAGAGACAUUCAUAUUGAACCCACAGAUCCAAAAUUCCCUCAGCAGUGGUACCUGUCUUUUUCCUUACAGUACAAUCCCAGUCAUGGAGACCUGAAUGUUAAGGAGGCCUGGGCUCAGGGCUUCACAGGAAGAGGAGUGGUCGUGACCAUUCUAGAUGACGGCAUUGAGAAAGAUCACCCUGAUCUAGAGAGAAAUUAUGAUCCCGACGCCAGUUAUGAUGUGAAUGACAGAGAUCCAGACCCUCAGCCCAGAUACACACAGCUGAAUGACAACAGACACGGGACACGUUGUGCCGGGGAGGUGGCGGCCGCAGCAAACAAUGGUGUCUGUGGAGUGGGUGUGGCGUACAAUGCCAAAAUUGGAGGUGUACGGAUGUUGGACGGAGAGGUAACAGAUGUUGUGGAGGCUCAGUCUCUGAGCUUGAACUCCCAGCACAUCCACAUUUACAGUGCCAGCUGGGGCCCAGAGGAUGAUGGGAAAACAGUGGAUGGCCCUGCUAAACUGGCCAAAGAAGCUUUCUUGCAGGGGGUCACCGAGGGUCGAGGUGGGCUGGGCUCCAUCUUCGUGUGGGCAUCGGGUAAUGGAGGGCGAGAGCGGGACAGCUGCAACUGUGAUGGAUACACCAACAGUAUCUACACGCUCUCCAUCAGCAGCACCACGCAGUACGGCAAUGUGCCGUGGUACAGCGAGGCCUGUUCCUCAACCCUCGCCACCACCUACAGCAGCGGAAACCUCAACGAGAAACAGAUUGUGACGACGGACCUGAGGAAGAAGUGCACAGAUUCGCACACGGGCACGUCCGCCUCGGCUCCCUUGGCUGCUGGAAUCAUCGCUCUCGCUCUGGAGGCCAACAUGAACCUGACCUGGAGAGACAUGCAGCAUCUCGUAGUAAGAACCUCACGUCCCGCCCACCUAAUAACCAACGACUGGAGGACCAAUGGCGUAGGCCGAUUAGUGAGCCAUUCUUAUGGCUACGGUCUGCUGGAUGCAAGUGCCAUGGUCGCUUUGGCUCAGAACUGGACCAGCAUUGGGCCGCAGCAUAAAUGUGUCAUUAAUAUGCUGACCGAGCCUAGGGACGUAAGAAACCACCUGAUCUUCAGCAGAAUUGUAGAGGCCUGCUCUGGGCAGCCAGACUUUGUGAGCUCUUUGGAGCAUGUGCAGGCCAGACUCACCCUCUCUUAUAACCACAGAGGAAACUUGGCUGUUCACCUCAUCAGCCCACUGGGAACUCGUUCCACGCUACUGGCUCCACGGCCUCAGGAUAACUCAGCCGAAGGCUUCAACGACUGGGCAUUCAUGACCACCCACUCCUGGGACGAGGACCCACGGGGAGAAUGGACCCUGGAGAUCGAGAAUGUGGCCGGACUUAAUGACUAUGGUGUUCUUUCUCAGUUCACACUCAUCUUAUAUGGCACUGGCUCUAGCGCAACAGAUCCGUCCAUUUCCGAUUACACACGGCCUUCAAACAACAGCUGCAAAACCUUCGACACCCAGCAGAUUUGCAUCGAAUGCAGCACGGGUUUCUCUCUUUUCUUGCAAGGCUGCGUGAAGUCCUGCCCUCCCGGCUUCAGCUCUGGGCCGCAGGUGCUUAAUUUGUCUUUGGACAACUGGGUGGAGCACUCUACUGUACAAGCGUGCCUGCCCUGCCACCUGGCCUGUCUAACAUGCUUCGGGUCCGGGGAGAACGAAUGUCUUUCCUGUCCCCCCCACAGUCACCUAGCGGUCACUUCUUGCUUGCACCAGAACCAGGUGCAGCGGAAAUCCCCUAGCAUUCCUGUGCUCCAGCACGAGGGGGAUCCGAACUCGGAGGAAUCCUUGCGUGAACCUGGGCUGUCCUCGAGACUGCCGGCGCUGGUGGCGGUGCUCAGCUGUGCCUUCAUCCUGGCCACUUUCGCAGCCGUUUUCGUGCUGCUUCAGCUGCACUCUGGAGCAGCCAGCGCCCCGUUCUGUCGGAGGACCAAACUGCCGGUGACGGACACAGGCGGAGGGGGGAUACGAGUGGGCUUUGGGUUUGGACUCAACCGGGGAAAAGUGUCCUACCGGGGAAUCCCCACUGUGUGGGGGGAUGAGGAUACAGCGAUGAACUCUGAGUCGGACAGUGAAGAGCUGGAGUAUCACAGCGAAAAGACUGCUUUUAUACGGACUCAGAGUGCUCUUUAGCGCCCCCUAUAGGGCAUUUUUUUGUACAUCUGUCUUCCUCGUACUGGGAUACAGAACUAAUCUGCACUGCUUAGACUUAUAGAUCCACUGCGACUGCGCGAUGUUUGUGUAUGUGUGUGUGAGAGAGAGAACGGCAUAUAUGAGGUAUGUUGCAGUUGCGGUUUGACCCGAAUGCGAUUAAACCCAGGACAUCUCUGCUGCGCUGAAUGAUUCCCUUUAUAUUCUCCUUUAUUUGUCUUAGUGGUCUGGCUCUAAUGCCCUGAGAUUUGAACCACUAAAGAGGAUCAAUAACAUCAGUGGGUGUGUGUUUGUUCGCGCGCCACAGCGCGUAGAUGUGUUUGUUGUGCGCGUGCAGCUUUUGAGUAAACUUUGAUCAGACUUUGUAACACGAAAAGGGCUGUAAUUUGUUCCAGUCGACUUUUUAUUAAAAGUUUGGACUGUUUUAUGCACAAAA